CACUUUCUCGUGAAUAUGGUGGCCGACAACUGAUCUGGGACAAGCAACUGCUUCCCUUGUGGUCUCUGGCAACGUGGAGUUCGUACCAACAGCUGCUGUAAGGGUCGAUCUGUGACUAAGGAACUGCGGAAUCGUAUAACAAUAACAUGCUAAGUCAGCAUAUUUACAUCAGGGGCGGAUACAGCUUUUGAGAAAGAGGGAUUGCACAGUUCAUUUCAGGAGAGUUUCAAUGACAUCGGAAUGAGUGGAACAGCCGUACAUCGCUUGCUUCCGGUAUUCAAUGAUCAGAGAAUUACCCAGCAGAAACCAGUGUUGGGUAUCGACUUCCAUGACGACAGAGAAAUGGCCCCCAGCCCGAUUAUGCAAGACUACAUGUCAGACAACAUGCCAGAAGCAGAGUCGAAACGCCUGAUCUUCGAACCGGAACUCCACCCGACUGUCCCGCAGGUAAAGGACAGGUCAGAGAACGCCGGGGAGAGGGACAGGUUCCGACGGCGUGACCCCCGCCACGUGGCCGUGUCCUGGUACAGCUACUACUACUCCAGGCCUGACUCCCCCACGCAGUGGCAGCAGCACACAGAGGGUAUCGAACCACAAGGACAGGCGAUGAUAGACGCAGACAUCAGUGGUCGUGUGUCUCCUAGCAACCAGACUGAAAUGACGGCUGAAAUACCGCUCCUUCAUAAGUUGUCUGCAUUGGCUGAGACAGGACACGUGAUCAAAACAAGUGAUCUUGACCUUGACCUUGAGGUGGAAGAUAUCUUCAAUGAGGAACAUCACCUGAUUAGACCUUUUAAGAUGGAUCCUGCUGUCGGGAAGUGGGGAGAGAUGGAUAUUGAAACCAGAGCCCUCCUGUCCAGGCUGAGACGGUCGAGUCCACCAGUUGAUUUGUAAAUAAUGCUAGCCAUCAUUGGUAAACAAGCCAGGCAUCAUGUGAGGAUAUUCAUUUGUGCAUCCAUGUAUAUACAUUUCUAUAAACAGUUCAAGCACCA